AUGGUUAUCUUGUGUGAUUAUGCUACAGUGAUUAUCAACACAAGCUCGGUCCCCUUCCCCCUGGCCCACCGGCUGACCAUGAAGGAGGUGUUCGACGCCGAGGGUCGGCCGCGGGUGGACCUGCUGAAGGCCCACCUCACCAAGGAGGGUCGCUUGGAGGAGGCCGUGGCCCUGCGCAUCAUCGACGAGGGCGCCGCCAUCCUGCGCCAAGAACGCACCAUGCUGGACAUCGAGGCACCCGUCACCGUGUGUGGAGACAUCCACGGACAGUUCUUUGACCUGAUGAAGUUGUUUGAGGUGGGAGGUUCCCCAGCCAACACACGCUACCUCUUCCUGGGGGACUAUGUGGACCGGGGCUACUUCAGUAUCGAGUGUGUGCUGUACCUGUGGUCGCUGAAAAUUCUCUACCCAAAGACCCUCUUCCUUCUACGGGGAAACCACGAAUGUAGACAUCUGACAGAAUACUUCACUUUCAAACAAGAAUGUAAGAUCAAGUACUCAGAGCAGGUGUAUGACUCAUGUAUGGAGGCGUUUGAUUGCCUGCCCCUGGCGGCCCUGAUGAACCAGCAGUUCCUCUGUGUGCAUGGGGGGCUCUCACCAGAAAUCCACACACUGGAUGACAUCAAGAAGUUGGACCGGUUUAAGGAGCCCCCAGCAUUUGGGCCCAUGUGUGACCUAUUGUGGGCCGACCCUCUGGAAGACUUUGGCAACGAGAAGACCCAAGAAUACUUCGGUCACAAUACAGUCAGAGGCUGCUCGUAUUUCUACAGUUACCCGGCGGUAUGUGAGUUUUUACAGACCAACAACCUGCUGUCAAUCAUCAGAGCGCACGAAGCACAGGAUGCUGGUUACCGUAUGUACAGGAAGAGUCAGACCACAGGUUUCCCCUCCCUCAUCACCAUUUUCUCUGCUCCAAACUACUUGGACGUCUACAACAACAAAGCGGCAGUACUGAAGUACGAAAACAACGUGAUGAACAUCCGCCAGUUCAACUGCUCUCCUCACCCAUACUGGCUGCCCAACUUCAUGGACGUCUUCACCUGGUCUCUGCCGUUUGUGGGAGAAAAAGUGACCGAGAUGCUGGUCAACGUCCUGAGCAUCUGCUCUGACGACGAGCUGAUGAACGAUGGCGACGAGCUCUACGACGCCAACGCCGCAGCAGCCAGGAAAGAAGUGAUUAAAAACAAGAUCCGCGCCAUCGGGAAAAUGGCCAAAAUGUUCUCUGUGCUACGAGAGGAGAGUGAGAAUGUGUUGACUCUGAAGGGGCUCACACCUACCGGCAUGCUGCCCAGCGGAGUGCUGUCCGGGGGCAAACAGACCCUGCAGAGUGCCACCAUUGAGGCCAUAGAAGCCAUCGAGACAGUUCAGGAUGCUGAAGCCAUCCGAGGCUUCUCCCCGCAGCACCGAAUCAGCAGCUUUGAGGAGGCCAAGGGUCUGGACCGGAUCAACGAGCGCAUGCCGCCCCGCCGCGACGCUGUCAACAGUGUGGGCUUAUCCAUGGGCCGCAUGAACAUGGCCGAGCCCAACGGCACCGACAGCAACAGCAAUAUACAGUGA